GAGGCAGCUUCCCUCCCGUGGCAACCUCCUGAGCAUUGGCCUGAACCCCCUGUGGCCUCUUCUGAACCCUGACCUUCAGCAGGCUGAGACGCAGAACAGCGCCCCCACCCCCAGGGUCUGUGGUUUGAGUGAGGAAAGCGAUUUCGUAAAAACAGGAGCCUGGCCGCAGCCUGGUCCGUCGCUGGCUGAGUCACGCCUGAAAGAGGAGGGGAAAGCCAGAGCCCCAAGCCCCUUGGAUUUCAAGCUGGCCCAGGUUCCAGUGUGAUGUCGCUGAAGCCAUGGCCUGAGGAGUUCAGGAGGGGUGCCUGGGGACAGCAAAAAAGGAAAGCCCUGGACCUCUAGGCCUGGGUGAGUCAGAGGCUGGGGCCUCCUUCUCUCCUGGACACGGAGGAGGCUGCUGCGUCCCGCUCGCGCUCACAGUCACGCCGUCCCGAGCCCGAGCUCCCGCCAGCCGGCCGCGAUGCCAACCCCCAGCCUGGCGACGGUGAGCGGACAGGCGCUGCCAGCCUUCCUGCUCUGCAGCACGCUGCUGGUCAUCAAGAUGUACGUGGUGGCGGUCAUCACAGGCCAAGUGAGGCUGCGGAAGAAGGCUUUCGCCAACCCCGAGGACGCCCUGAGGCACGGAGGCCUCAAGUACUGCCGGAGCGACCCCGACGUGGAGCGCUGUCUCAGAGCCCACCGCAAUGACAUGGAGACCAUCUACCCCUUCCUCUUCCUGGGCCUGGUCUACGCGUUCCUGGGGCCCAGCCCUGUGGCUGCCUGGACGCACUUCCUGGUCUUCCUCCUGGGCCGCCUGGUGCACACCGUGGCCUACCUGGGGAAGCUGCGGGCACCCAUCCGCUCCGUGUCCUACACCCUGGCCCAACUGCCCUGUGCCUCCAUGGCCCUGCAGAUCCUUUGGGAAGCAGCCCGCCACCUGUGACCAGCAGCUGACGCCUCCUCAACCACCAGACCAUGGGCAAGAGCCGCCAUGACUGUCCCUGGGGACCCCGUGUCCCUUCCAGAUGGUGAUGGGCUCCAGGUCCUGGCUCCUCAACCUGCUCAGGGUGUGGAUCCUUGAACCCAGUGGUCCUGUGCGUGUGUGUGUGUGUGUGUGUGUGUGUGUGUGUGUGUCUUAGCCCUGUGGAUUCCUGGAUAAAGUGACCCAUUGCAGAACUGAUGGAAAAUCCUUCAGUUCAAUACCAGCCUUAACCCCCUCCCUCCUUGAGUGACCACAGGGGAGACUGAAGUGUGGACUUCACAGGCCCAUGCGAGAGACCCUGGCCCAGCUGAUCUGGGGGAAGGCCUGGCCCUCUGUGUUUUGUAACAGUCAGCAAGAGGGCCCAGGCAAUGGCCAGGCCUGGGACAGCCAGUCCCCUCCAGAGAUAGGGCCAGGGGCCAGCAGGGUGCUUGCGGCCCCUUUGGAGGAAGGAAGUCCACAGGGCGGGCGGGGUUAUGCUUCUGGGCUCCCUGCAAACACUUUUUUGCCAUCUGCCCGAAUACCUCUGCUGGAUCCCUCUCUGACUCGGGUGUGGCUGGGAGGGUCCGAGGCCAGGGCAGCCUUCUCUAAGGCUUCACUCCCUCCAAGGGGCUUCAGUCAAGGACAAUGGGCUUUGAGUGACCAACCACUAAAAGGAACUUUCUGGCUCCUUCAGUAUCUGUGAGGUUUGAACACUGCGGAUUUCCACUGCUGUGGGGAUCGUGUGUGUUUCCUCUCCUAGGUUCUGGUCUCGAUGUGUAUGGUAGUUUUUAAUCAUUAAACAGCAGGGUCUGACCCAUGUGGCCACCA